AUCCGAACGCACCUGAUGCCACUCUCCCGCCACCUGGAGCUCCUUGAGAGCCUGGAGUUUCCCGAGGUGAAGCCACGGCUGCGUCCCCUGCUCCACGUGGUCUGUCUGAUCUGGGCCACCUGCGAGUCCUAUCGCUCCCCAGGGCGGCUCACCAUACUACUCCAGGAGAUCUGCAACCUCCUCAUCCAGCAGGCCUCAAAUUAUCUCUGCCCGGAGGGCCUCCUGAGAAGUGAGGUGGAGGAAAGUCAAAGGAAACUGCACGUGGCCGUGGACACAUUGAGCUUCUUCAAGCAGGGGUUUCAGGACAGAAGGGAGCAUCUCUGUGCUUACUUCAAAGAGAACCAGGAGGUCAGGCAGUGGGAUUUCCAGUCUUCUUUGGUCUUCGAGCGAUUGGAUGGCUUCCUGGGGCGGCUGCUCAUGGUGCAGGAUCUCCUGAAGACAGCCCUGGAUUUCCACCAACUGGGAAAGCUUGAAUUUAGUGGCAUCAGAGGGAAUGCCCUGAGUCAGCAGGUCCAGCAAAUGUACGACGGAUUUCAAGAGAUGUACGGGGUCUUCUCAGAGUCCUCCUAUGACUGCUUGGACCCCCAGAGCAUGGAAUUCGAAAAUGACGUGUGUGAAUUUAACCGAAGAGUAGAAGAUCUUGACCGAAGACUGGGGGCUAUCUUCAGUCAAGCCUUCGAUGAUGCCCCUGAUUUGGAGCACGCCUUCAAGCUUCUGGAUAUAGCAGGGAAACUCCUGGAAAGACCGCUGGUAGCACAAGAUGCAUCUGAAAAAUACUUGCUGCUCAUCCAAAUGUUCAUCAAAGACCUGGAUACAGUGAGGGCGAUAUACAGUCAGCGUGUCCAGGAGGAGGCAGAACUUGGGUUCUCCUCGGUGCACAAGAACAUGCCCACUGUGGCUGGGGGUCUCCGCUGGGCGCAGGAGCUGAGGCAGCGCAUCCAGGGGCCCUUCGCCAACUUCAAGCGCAUCACCCAUCCUUGCAUGGACUCUGCUGAAGGAAAGCGAAUGACCCAGAAAUAUGAAGAUACGCUCUCACUGCUGGAAAAGUAUGAGACAAGACUUUAUGAGGACUGGUGCCAGACAGUGUCAGAGAAGUCACAGUACAAUCUUUCCCGGCCACUCCUGAAACGGGACUCAGAGACGAAGCAGAUCGCCGUCAACUUUAACCCCCAGCUGCUUUCGGUGCUGAAGGAAAUGAGUUAUCUUGAGCCCAGGCAGAUGCAGCGCAUUCCUGAGACAGCGGCAGCCAUGUUCUCCUCCAGGGAAUUCUAUCGGCAGCUCGUGGCUAAGUUGGAGCUGAUGGCAAAUGGGUACAACAAGGUGGUGAAGACUCUUGCAGAGGUGGAGUUUCCCUUAGUGGAGGAAGAGCUGAGGGAUAUCGAUCUCCGCCUGAGAGCUGCAGAGGGGACUCUGAACUGGAAAACAGAAGGCAUUUGGGAUUAUGUCAUUCAAAUCACCAACAGCAUUCAUGGUCUUGAACAAAGAAUUCAGAAAGCUAAAGACAAUGUGGAAGAGAUUCAAAACAUCAUGAAAACAUGGGUGUCUCCAAUAUUUAAGAGAAAAGAUGGAAAAAAGGAAUGCCUUCUUUCCAUGGAUGAUCAGCAUGACCGGAUGGAAAAAUAUUACCAUCUCAUCAGAGAAUCUGGACUUAAGAUUCACGCCCUUGUUCAGGAAAACCUAGGUCUGUUUGCAGCAGACCCAACCUCUAAUAUCUGGAAGACUUAUGUUAACUACAUUGAUGAGAUGUUGCUGGAUGGAUUUUUUCUUGCCAUCGAAUGCUCCCUCAAGUACCUCCUGGAGAACACUGAGUGUAAGGCAGGCCUCACCCCGAUAUUUGAAGCCCAGCUGAGCUUAGCCAUACCAGAAUUAGUUUUCUCUCCGCCCCUGGAGUAUGGAGUGAAGGGUGGUUUCUAUGAUGCUGUUGAGGGUCUGGUCACCAGCAUUUUUGGAAUAUCAUCUCUGGUGCCACGGCUUUCCCCCCAGAACGGCUCUCCCCACUACCAGGUGGACGUGGAGGGCAUGGCCCCUUUGGCAAGCAUGAGGAGCACGCUCCUGGACAGGGUUCAGAGCAUGAUGGCCCUCUGCUGUGGCUAUCGGAGUGCCUUCAGCCAGUAUUCCUACCUCUACGUGGAGGACCGGAGGGAGAUCCUGAGCCAGUUUCUGUUUUUAAAGCGCAGAUUGACUCCUACGAAAGGCUCUAUGAAGAAGUGUGUAGGCUGGAGCCCAUCAAGGUGUUCGACGGCUGGAUGA